AUGCAGCAACCUCCUGCGUGGGUAAUAGCCUCGUGGCCUACACCAAAUUAUGUCGAUCCGGAAACACAUGGGGUUCUUUAUUUUGAGUCUGCUGGCAGAUCUCAAGUUCAUGUGGAUUCGACAUCAAUACGAUAUCCCGCAAAGCCAUAUAGAAUUCGGGCUCAAAAUGGUCCUUAUAAUAGAGAUUAUGUUCGCAUCCGCAUGCACUUUUACAAAACUGUCCAUGUUAUUGCUUGUCCGCCGCAUGUUGACCAGUGCCCCGAAAUUCUGGCGAAGGGUUACUCUAGCUGCUAUUUGUAUAGUGGGGUUGCAGGGAAGCAUCUUUUGUAUUGUCUUGGUGUUUCAAUACCCCCGCAAGAUUACUGGAAAGUGACCAUUGAUCCUCAGCCGAAUUGUAUCAAUCAAUCCUCUACACUCCUAGUCGCAGGAAUCGUCAAUACCCUUACCGAUUUCCUAGUCGUACUCCUUCCUAUCCGUACUGUGUACUUGACCAACCUCCCCCGCCGCCAAAGCCUCAUCGUCUCCUUCCUCUUCACUCUUGGCCUCCUCUCCUGCUUCGCGGGUGUCGUCCGCACCUACUAUAUGUAUCACGUUACCCAAGUAUGGGAUCAAGUAUGGGCAUCGUAUCCCGUGUGGAUCACUGCAGCCGUUGAAUUAUACAUUGGAAUUAUAUGCACCUCCAUCCCCGCAACCAAAGCAUUCUUCGUAGCCUACAUUCCCAAAUUCUUCAACUCUCACCCCUCACACACCUCACGCGCUUCGUUCGUCAACGACAACUUCAACCUCACAUGCAAUUCCAAAGGCGAAGUACACCCCACACCCACACCGGGCCUCGGCAUCAUAUCGACUCUGAAAUCCCAUUCCAAUUCUCGUUCCCCAUUCCAUUCCAAGAUCCUCAGCAGUAAAAAUUCGAAAACUCCCCUGAGCGCCGAUAAUUCUAUCAACGACCGUACAGUAGGUACGAGUAUCUUCGAACUUUCAAGCAUGAAAAGUACUAGUUGGGCAGAAGAAGAAGGCGGCAUAGAUGAAGAAAUGGGAAUGGGAGUGGAAAUCGGCACCGCAUCUUUCGUUUCUUCGAAUAGUAAUAGUAACGACCAUCACGAUAAUCACGAGCCUCUUCAUAGUCAUAGCAUCGGAAGAGGAAUACUAGGAUCGAUACGUCGAGAUAGGGGUCCAGAUCGAGAUAAAAAUAGGCCUAGCGAAAAUUCCAGCAAAAUCACUACUAGCGAGCAGGAGCAGGAGCAGGAGUCCAAAAAAGGAGGGACUAGCACCCAGAGUAGGGAUUUGGAUAUAGAAAAACAAAUUGGUUCUCGGGAGAACGGGAAUGAGAAUGAGAAUGAGAACGAAAAGGAUAUGGGAAUGGGGAUGGAAAUGGAAAAGCAGGGAGGUUGGGAUAUACAUAUUGAUGUAGUGACGACGGUAGAAGUUGGAGAGGAACAUUUGCGUGUGCAUGAGAAAGAGAAAGAGAGGUAUAAACGGAGACUGUGA